GUGACUAGAGAAGGAUUAUGACGUAGUGAAGGCCGUGUUGUGGCGGGCAGGCGGAUCGUGGCGGACAGCCGCGACACGUCAAGAGGGGCCCCGAGGCUGAGGCUGCCGUGCUGGGCGAACAAACACUCCUCCCAGGGGCCGCACACUGCUGCUAGCGAGGGCCAGAGUGUGUUGUGAUGUCCUGGAUAACUGACCUCGCUGGGCGUGCAGAGGAUCUCCUGAAUAAGCUAGACACUGAGGCAGCCAUAGCUCUGACCAAGGGCAGUGAGAGGAGGAACUCAGCCACAACCAAAGUCACAUAUGUGCAUGAUGCUGCCAACACUCCCCCACCCACCAUCAGGCAUGAAAGGUCAGGGCUCCACAGUUCAUCCAGUGUUCCAAACAACCUAAGCAGCUAUGGGGUGAGCACCACUGCAGCCAAGACUCAGUACUCACCUAAAUCAAAGAAGACGUUAACCAAGAAGAGGGACACCACCAGAGAGGAGGGGCUGAUGGACUACUUGAACAGCCCCCCACAACAGGAAGCUGAUCCAUUACCAAGCACCACUCAAACAUCAGACCCAAUGAUUUCCUCCACCACCAUGACCACCUCAACCUUCAGCAGCCUGGGGCACUCCCGCCACUCCUCCAUGUCCUCAGCCUCCUCCCUGGUGGCUCUCAGUGGCAGGGAGACUCCCGGCUCAGCCAACAAUGACAAUGAGAGUGGCAGCUGUGGCUCGGCAAACACAGACGCCUACAUCACGGUGGAGCAUCCCUCCGACAUCAACAUCUCUGCCCCACCCAGCACUGAUGGCAGCACCAGUAGUAAUGGUGCAGCACCAGGCCCAGGUGACAACGAGAGCAGCCUGCUGAGGAAGGAGGUGGCCAGCCUCAACCAGGAGAUGAGUCAGGUGCUGAAGAGGGCAAAGGACUCAGAAAGGGAAACACAGCAGCUGAGGAAUCAAGUAUCGGGCAUGCUGAGCCAGCAGUCUACCAGUGACAGAAUCAUGCGAGAUCUUCAGCAGAGAGAAAUGGACCUGCAGGAGUCAAUUCGGGCCAAAGACAGUCAGCUGGCAGUGCUGCGAGUACGCCUGCAGGAAGCAGAUGAAAAACUAGGGAGCAAGGAUGCUGUCCUGAUGGAGUUGCAAGCAGAAAAUAAAAGGGUAGUGGAGGGAGCGAGUGAGAGCAGUGGCCUGCACAGCCAUGCCCUACAGACCAUGCAGGACCGCCUUGCAGAAACACAGGCAGUGCUGGACCAGGAGCGCCACCAGCACAAUGCAGCACACAUGGAGCUCACCAAGAGGGUCAACCACUUGGAGGAGGAACGGCAGAGCAUGGCCGUGGCUCUCACUGAUGCUCAGCGCAAACUGGAGGAAGAAAAGUACAGAAUUCAGCAGCUUUCACAGCAGAUGAACUCAAUGCGUGGAGAACUUUCUUCUUGCCGUGAAGACUUGACAGAGUACAAGGCCAAGGCCAGCCGCAUCCUGCAGAGCAAAGAGAAACUCAUCACCUCCCUGAAAGAGGAGCGAGGCAGUGGUGGUGGUGGUGGGGAGGCAGGCUCUGACACUGACAUCCACAUGGCCGAGUUAGAGCAGAUUAGGUCUGAGCGAGACUUGCUGAGGGAGGAGCUGGAGAGCCAAGGGGCAAGGAUGCAACAGCUGACUCUUGAACUGUCUGAGGUGGAGGCAGCAGCCCAGGACCAGGCAACCACGGCAGCACACAAUGCCUUCAACCUGGAGGAGACCCUGACGCAGGAACGCAGGAGGAGGAGCGACGUGGAGGCAGAGCUCAGGCAGAUACAAGAGGAGAUGCGGUGUGCCCACGAGGAACUCACCAGACAGAAAGUGAACUUCUCGUCCCGCCUGCAAGAGCGUGAUGCUGAGAUUGACAGACUCAGAAAGCAGGUUGCCCACAAGCAGAGUUCGUCCAGUAGCCUGAGUGAGUUGGAGCAGCGAGUGCAUGACCUCACCGAGUCUCUCAUUCACAAGCAGACUAACAUUGAGACCCUGAGCACUGAGAAGCAUUCCCUCAUCAUACAGAUGGAGAGGCUGCAGCAGCACUAUGAUGAGUCGCAGAAGAUGCUGAACCGAGAUCCUCCAACACUCUUCCGGCAGGAUGAUGUGAGGAAUCGUGUGCCAAGUUUCCUAGUAGAGUCUCCCUUUGACAGAGGAAUGACACGACAUGUCAAGCGUGCCUACUCUACCUUGGACAAGUUCUCCAUCAGGCUGGGGGUGUUCUUGAGGCGGUACCCCAUUGCCAGAGUGUUUGUCAUUGUGUACAUGUGCUUUCUACACCUGUGGGUGAUGGUGGUGCUCCUCACAUACACCCCAGAGGUCCAUGGGCCAGACUACCACCAUCCUGGUGGCACCAUGCCCCUUGAACAGUAACUUCCUCCUCCUUCCACCACUGUGCAUUCUGCUCUCACUUUUUACUUCAGCAUCCAUUCUCUCCAUCUACUUACACACAUCAUCACUGCAAUGUACGGAGUGUCACUUGUGAACAUUGCAUCACCUGGUUGUUAUUCUUGAGUUUGUUGAGAUGAUAGUGGAUACACAUAAAUAAUAUUAGUGCAUAUAAUUUAUUAUCAUAUUUAGGAUAAUUUACUAACCUUAAACAAGCUGACUCUUGUUAAAAUUUAUAUAAUAUAUUUUUAACAUGUUGAAGUCAUGACUCCUUGAGUAAUCAUUGUAUAUACAUCAAUAAUCAUAACUUGUUAAAGGCUUCUCUGCUUCGAAGGUGCUUGCUAUGCAUUAGCUACAGCUACCUAGAUGUCUUGGGUUACUAGAGGCCAGGAUGGUCACUCUUAAUUCACUGUCUCUUUUGAGCCUUUUAGAGAAAAUUACCGUAAAUAGUAAACCACAGAAAGAUUGAGAUUCUGUCCACCCGAGUUUUUUUAUACUUUAUGAUGAGCACUGCUACCUGAAGAUUACCUGUGAAUUUCAUGUGAGAGGUGCCCUGGAAUCAUAGGUGAGUCAAGGUAACCAAGCACCUGGGAAUGAUUGUGGAUGUUAGUCAAGUUUACCUUUGCGGGAAUGAGUGAGUUUUCUCUUGGCAAGCACCUCAGCAAAUAUAUAUUGAACAAUAAAGAUAGGAAUUUUAUUUUAUCUAAA